AUGGAGAAGGGAGAUUCUUGGUGCCGACUGCAAGGCUCACCACAGCCAGCUGAACUGGCCCUAGAUGGUGAUCUUGUUAUUGGAGGAAUUUUUUCAUUUCGCACAGGGCAGGAUUAUGUAAUUAACACAUUUCAGACAGUUCCAGAAGUACGCAAAUGCAAGAACUUCAAUUUUAGAGAAUUCAAAUUUGCCCAGGCAGUGAUAUUUGCUGUGAAUGAGAUCAAUAACAGUACUGAUAUGCUUCCGGAUUUUAAACUUGGCUACAAGAUCUAUGAUAACUGUGGAACUAUGGACAUACUAAGAGCCGCAUUGGCCCUGGCAAGUGGAGUAAAGGGAGAAGUCAGUCACAACAACUGCACUAAAACAGAGACAGUGCAAGCUAUCUUGGGACAUUCAGGAUCAAGACCAACUAUUGCAUUUGCACCAGUUGUUGGAAGGUUUCAGAUACCUGUGGUCAGCCAUUUUGCCACCUGUGCCUGUCUGAGCAACAGGAAAGAGUAUCCUACUUUUUUCAGAACUAUUCCCAGUGACUACUACCAGAGCAGAGCACUGGCAAAGCUGGUCAAACACUUUGGUUGGACUUGGAUUGGGGCUAUAGCUGUGGAUAAUGAAUACGGCCUCAAUGGCAUAGCUGCAUUCAUCCAAGCAGCACACGAAUAUGGUGUUUGCAUUGAGUAUUCUGAAGCCUUUUCAUCAUCAGAUCCACCUGACAGGCUGCAGAGGAUAGUAGAGAUAAUUAAGCAUGGCACUUCCAAAGUGAUGAUGGCUUUUAUGUCUCACAGAGAAAUUAAGUUGCUGACAAAAGAGCUGUACAAACAGAAUAUCACAGGAAUGCAGUGGGUCGGCAGUGACGCCUGGAUCACUGAUCACUCUCUGACUGACAGUGAGGGGCACAGUAUCCUGGUGGGCUCACUUGGCUUCACUGUCAGCAAAGCUAAGAUCCCAGGGCUGGAGGAGCACCUGAGGCAGCUUCACCCCUCGCAGUUCCCUGACAGUCAGUUUGUCAGAGAUUUCUGGGAAGACGUGUUUGACUGCACUCUGAACAGAAGUGCAAACACACAAAAAAAGCCAUGCAGUGGCUCUGAGAGCUUGCAGAAUGUCAAGUCAACCUUCACUGAUGUUUCUGAGCUGAGAUUCACUCAUAAUGUAUACAAGUCAGUUUAUGCAGUGGCUCAUGCUCUUGAUAACCUGAUUAAAUGUAAGGCGGGUAAAGGGCCCUUUACAAACGGGGGCUGUGCUGAUACCAAACAUAUACAGCCAUGGCAGGUCUUGCAGUACCUCAACACUGUUAAUUUUACCACUGAGGAAGGAGAAAAAGUUUAUUUUGACAGUAAUGGAGACUCACCAGCAAGAUAUGAACUUGUCAAUUUACAAAUGGCAAACAAAGGAACUAUGGAGGGAGCAACAGUUGGCAUUUAUGAUGCCUCUCUUCCAGAGAGUCAUCAGUUUAUCAUGAAUGGCAUCCCAGUUGUCUGGGGAAAUAGGCUGACAGAGGAGGUGCCUGUGUCAGUGUGCAGUGACAGCUGUCUUCCAGGAACUCGUAAAGUCCUCCAGAAAGGAAAGCCAGUCUGCUGUUAUGAUUGUUUGCCCUGUCCAGCAGGCGAGAUCAGUAAUCUGACAAAUUCAAUACACUGUAUGAAAUGCCCAUUGAUGUUCUGGUCCAACGAGCAAAAAGAUGCCUGCAUCCCCAAAGCAAUAGAAUUCUUGGCAUAUGAUGAAACCCUGGGAACACUGUUAGUUUUAUUUUCUCUGCUGGGAGUCUUUCUAACUAUGAUCACAACGCUUGUCUUCUACUGCCACUUAGAAACUCCACUCGUUCGAGCCAACAACUCUGAGCUGAGCUUUCUGCUGCUCUUCUCUUUGACUCUGUGUUUCCUGUGUUCUCUGACAUUCAUGGGUCGGCCCUCUGAGUGGUCCUGCAUGCUGCGACACACAGCAUUCGGCAUCACCUUUGUCCUCUGUAUCUCUUGUGUUCUGGGGAAAACAAUAGUGGUGUUAAUGGCCUUCAGGGCCACACUCCCAGGUAGUAAUGUGAUGAAAUGGUUUGGGCCUACACAGCAGAAACUCAGUGUUCUGGGUUUCACUCUGAUACAAGUUUUGAUUUGCAUACUAUGGCUGACAAUCAACCCUCCCUUUCCCUCUAAGAAUGUGUUACUAUAUAAUGAUAAAAUCAUCUUAGAGUGUGCUCUGGGCUCAGCUGUAGGCUUUUGGGCUGUACUUGGGUACAUAGGACUUCUGGCCACGUUAUGUUUUAUUCUUGCUUUUCUGGCUCGGAAACUGCCUGAUAAUUUCAAUGAAGCCAAAUUUAUCACCUUUAGCAUGUUGAUAUUCUGUGCAGUAUGGAUCACUUUUAUCCCAGCGUAUGUCAGCUCUCCUGGGAAGUUUACAGUAGCUGUGGAGAUAUUUGCUAUUCUGGCCUCCAGUUAUGGGCUACUUUUCUGCAUUUUCGUACCAAAAUGUUAUAUAAUUUUGUUUAGGCCAGAGCAAAACACCAAGAAACAUAUAAUGGGAAAGACAUCUCACAAUGAUAUACAUUAUUAA